AUGAAACGGGUGGACGAAGUUAGGCUGGACAGUACUGAGGGCAAGAGCGACGCCACCGGGGAGUUGCUGCUGGAACUUAUGGGCGUGGUGGACAGGUUGAGGUCCGAGCAGGGCUGCCCGUGGGACCGGCAGCAGACGGCGCAGAGCUUGCUGCCGUAUCUGCUGGAAGAGACGUAUGAGGUGAUGGAAAGCGUUACGGCAGACGACGCGGGGGCGUUGAAGGAAGAGCUUGGGGAUUUGCUGCUGCACGUCGUUUUUCAAGGAUCUCUGGCCGCCGAGGCGGGGCGUUUUAUGCUUGGCGACAGCAUCCGUAGCGUGAUUCACAAGCUGAUCAGACGGCAUCCGCACGUGUUCGGGGAUCAACCAGCGGCGAAUACGGCGGUGAUUCGGCAACGCUGGGAGACCGCGAAGCAGCAGGAAAAGGGGAGGACGUCGGUCCUGGAUGGUGUGCCUCGCACCCUGCCGGCCCUCAACCGGGCGCGGCGCCUGCAGGAAAAAGUGUCGUCCGUCGGGUUCGACUGGCAGGAGGUGGACGACGUAUGGGCCAAAGUGGCCGAAGAAAUUGACGAGUUGAAGGAGGCUUGCUCGGCACGGGACGGCGCCGCCAUGCAGGAAGAGUUCGGCGACGUGCUGUUCAGCCUGGUGAACCUCGGGCGCUUCCUGCACCUGAGCGGCGAGGACGCCUUGCGCCAAGCCAUCGGCAAGUUCGAGCAGCGUUUCCGGGGUAUCGAGCAGGAACUCGCGCGGCGCGGCCGGCGAAUCGAGGAUGCGACGCUGGAAGAAAUGGACGGCAUAUGGAAUCGUUUACGCCAGGAGGGAAAACAUGUUUGA